CCAGUCAGGAGUGGCUAACUUUAGUGAGACACCCACGCGGCUUGUCUGGACCUCUUUUCCACCACGGGGACUUUUGUUUCACGCUCUUCUUUUUUUUUUUUGUGCUUCCCACGAGAGAUGUGGAUUGUGGCUGCUCUCUAUCUGCUCUUCUGACAACUCGAGAAACAUAUUCCCUUUUUAAAUGAAUCCUGCACAGUGGAAACACUGAACACCGGACCGUUCAGAAAGCGCACCGGGAUUUUCAUAUUAUUAUCGAUUUCAACUUGGAGGCGGACGUGAUCGAUCAAUUGGGAUUUUUUUUUUCAAUGACUAAACCAGACCGGCUGUGAAGUUUGGCUUUAACAACCAGAUUUGUUUUGUUAAAUCACUGAUUGUGUGCUACUAGAGGUCGGUCGACUAUGCAGCUAGACGGUCUAUGGACGGUCCACACCCUACUGGGGCUGUGCGGCUUUGCUCUGGGGAACCCACUGAGCAAUGACCCACUUGCUGCACCUCGUGUCUUCAUCUCCUUCAAAGAGUUGAGAUCUACUGGUACCGCUCAUCAUUUUGCCUACCUCCUCAACACCUCUGAUUACCGGAUCCUGCGCAUGGAUGAGGACUACGACCGCAUGUACAUUGGUAGCAAGGACCACAUUCUGUCACUGGACCUCCAUGAUAUCAACAAAGAUCCUCACAUUAUCCACUGGCCAGUGUCUGAACGGAGAAAGAUGGAAUGUCUCGUAAGUGGGAAAGACGCCAAUAAAGAGUGUGCUAACUUCAUCCGUCUGAUUGAGCCAUGGAACAGGACACAGCUGUAUAUUUGUGGGACAGGCGCUUACAAUCCAGUCUGUACCUUUGUCAACCGUGGCCGCAAACCUCAGACAUCCAUGUACCUACAGAUGGCCCAAGCCCGAGGAAGGGCUAGUCGCGCAGCUGAACCCAGCGCGGUGCACGAGACACUUGGAAUAAAGGAAGACAUUUUUCAUUUGGAGCCUGGCAAAGUGGAGUCUGGGAAAGGAAAGUGCUCCUACGACCCGAAGCUCAACAGUGUUUCCGCUUUGAUUAAUGGUGAACUUUAUGCUGGUGUGUACGUCGAUUUUAUGGGAACGGACUCGGCCAUUUUCCGGACUUUGGGGACAAAAACAGCCAUGCGAACUGAUCAGUACAACUCCAGAUGGCUGAAUGACCCCACUUUCGUCCACGUACACCUCAUCCCCGACAGCGCGGAAAGAAAUGACGACAAGCUUUAUUUCUUCUUCCGGGAGAAGUCCUCCGAGAUGGGCCAGAGUCCCGUGACCCAGUCCCGCAUUGGACGCAUCUGCUUGAAUGACGAUGGAGGUCACUGCUGCCUUGUCAACAAGUGGAGCACCUUCUUGAAGGCCAGGCUCAUCUGCUCGGUACCAGGGGCAGACGGGAUGGAGACACACUUUGAUGAGCUUCGAGAUGUUUACAUACAGCCAACGCAAGACACCAAAAACCCUGUCAUCUAUGGAGUUUUUUCAGUUUCUGGGUCAGUUUUCAAAGGCUCUGCUGUUUGCGUCUACUCCAUGGCUGACAUCCGCAUGGUCUUCAACGGACCUUUUGCACACAAAGAAGGUCCCAAUUACCAGUGGGUGGCCUACACGGGGAAGAUCCCUUACCCCCGACCAGGCACGUGCCCUGGAGGUACAUUCACCCCCAACAUGAAGUCCACUAAGGACUAUCCGGAUGAAGUGAUAAACUUCAUGAGGAAUCACCCUGCUAUGUACAAUUCAGUGUACCCAGUACACAAGCGCCCCCUAGUGGUCAGGACCAACGUGGACUAUGAGUUCACCACUAUUGCAGUGGACCAGGUGACAGCUGCAGAUGGCAACUAUGAAGUGCUUUUCUUAGGAACUGACAAAGGGUCGGUUCAGAAAGUCAUCGUUCUGCCCAGGGAUGACCUGCAGACCGAGGAGCUGGUAUUGGAAGAGGUCGAGGUUUUUAAGGGUCCAACUCCAAUUACAACAAUGAAGAUCUCAUCCAAAAGGCAACAGCUUUACGUGUCAUCUGCGGUGGGACUGACCCAGCUGGCUCUUCACCGCUGUGACGUGUACGGUGAGGCGUGUGCUGACUGCUGUUUGGCCAGAGACCCUUACUGCGCCUGGGACGGCAAGUCGUGCUCCCGUUACUCUGCUUCACAGAAGAGGUCUGACCCCUUUAGACGUAGCCGGAGGCAGGACGUCAAGUACGGGAACCCCAUUCGCCAGUGUCGAGGCUUCAACUCCAACGCCAAUAAGAAUACUCUAGAGAUGGUACAGUAUGGGGUGGAGGGAAGCAGCACCUUCUUGGAGUGUCAGGCCCGCUCCCCACAUGCCGUGAUCAAAUGGCAUCUACAGAGAGAUAACAGCGACCGCAGGAAGGAGAUGCGUUCCGAUGGUCGGGUGGUAAAGACGGAGCAAGGUCUGCUCCUGAGGUCCCUCCAGCCCUUCGACUCCGGAAUGUACCAAUGCAGCGCCACAGAAAAGAACUUCAAGCACACCCUCGUCAAGCUGCAGCUGGUGGUGCUGUCCAGCCGGGCCGUCAACAACGUGCUGGUGGAGGGCGGCGGAGGCCUGCUUCCGUCCUCUCUCCACUCCAGCACCCAGUGGACCCCCAGCGCCCUCCAGUACAAGGACCUGCUGACCAUCCUGAGCCAACCCGAGAUGAGCCUCAUCAACCAGUACUGCCAGGACUACUGGCAGUUCGGAGACCCCACGCUGGGCGCCCUCAAGGUCAAAGACCUGAAGGAGCUCAAGGAGCAGAAGAAGCCGCGCAACCGCCGGCAUCAUGGCGAGGGGGAGCAGGAGGACGAGCGGGAGGACGCGGAGACAUGAGGAGCACGAAUGUGAAAACUGGGAGAGACUCGAUAAGAGAGGGGAAAAAAAACAAAGCGAGAAGAUAAGGCUGAGGAACAAAAACCCCACAUGCAUUGUUUCAAACCGUAAGAUAUAUGCUACUCAGUAUUUAUUGUAGGUUGUACAUAGUAUCAUCCUCUUCGUGUAUAGGUAACUUUGGGGGCAAAUAUUGUCGUUCUUAUCGAUGUUGUUAAUUUUAUUGUCGCUGUUACUGUCAUUGCGAGAACUCAUUUGUCGUGCGUCGACGCUCUUUUUGUCCCAACAGGAAAACGUGUUGUCGAUGAGCGGUAACGUGGGUCGCCGUCGUUUCUUGCUGCUGCGGGUCCUGUACCAGGCAGGACACCGACACAAGACGACAAAUGCAGUAGAUUUAUAUGGAAUAUGAAAAGGCGGGGCUUUACCAAAUACAAUAUGAACUGAGGCGGUGGUGCAAUAAAGGGUCAACAUUUUGUACAAAGGGCAUUUUCUCGUACUUUUUUUUUUUUUUUUUGUAAGGGCCGACAGCUGGGGGCCAAAUGCAAACAAGCACAAUUGUGGACUUCUGUGAAUACACGUUGGAGAUAGGUGCCUAGAUUUUUUUGUUUUUUCGGUCAUUUCAUGUUUUGGAGGAAGAAGAAUUAAAAAAAAAAAAAAAAAAAAAAAAAA